AUGAACACCGAGCAAGCCUUUGAGAGGCACCUUACCCUCCAAAGACGGCCGCUGACGUUCUUGCUCAGCAAGAACGUUCCUCCGCUGCCGCUGCAGGAAGAGCGGAAGACGUUCCCCCACUAUAGGACUAAUCCUCUCUAUCGCUGCUUCUUCUGGUAUCUGACACCCCUUUUGCGGGUUGGGUACAAGAGGACGCUCCAGCCGGAAGACCUCUUUGUCCUGGAUGAGCAGCAGACCAUUGACUACAUGUACACGAAGUUCAAGAGCACGUUCGAACCGGAAGUCGAGAAGCUCUUGAACAAACAUAUUGCUCGAAAAUGCCAAGAGCGCGGUGAAACACCCGAGACCUCCUCGGUCUUGCCAGAGGAGGACGCGGACGACUUCGAAAUCAAAGUCCCUGUUCUGGGCAAGCACCUGUUCUACACAUUUGGCUGGCAGUACUCGAGAGCGGCCUUUGUGAAGGUGUUGUCUGAUAUCUCCUCAACUCUCAUGCCCUUGCUCCAGAAAAGGCUGAUCAACUACGUGGAGACCAGAGGUUACGGAGCCAGCACCAACACGGGAAAGGGGGUCGGCUACGCUAUCGGGUGUUGUGCCAUGAUCCUCUUUUCCGGCAUUUGCAUUAAUCACUAUUUCUAUAAUUCCAUCACCACCGGAGCCAAGGUGAAGGCCGUUUUGACGAAGGCCUUGUUGGAAAAAAGUUUCAGGCUUGACGCCCGCGGCAAGCACAGAUUCCCCGUGGGUAAGAUCAAUUCCAUCAUGGGAACAGAUCUCGCAAGAGUCGAUCUUGCCGUCGGCUUCUUCCCCUUCCUAUUUAUUUUCCCUAUUCCGGUUGCCAUCGUCGUUGUGAUGCUGCUUGUCAACAUCGGGGUUUCUGCUCUUGCAGGUAUUGCCGUGUUUGUAUUCUUCUCGUUAUUUACAGGGUCUCUUAUUAGGUACCUUUUCAAGUUGAGAAUACGCGCCAAUGUGUUCACAGAUCAAAGGGUCAACCUAAUCAAGGAGCUCCUGAAAAAUUUCAAAAUGAUCAAGCUGUACGGCUGGGAGAACUCGUAUCUGCACUCCUUCCAGAAAAUCCGUUUGCAGGAGAUGGCCACGCUAUUCAAGAUGCAGGGUGGCAAGAACAUCCUGAUCGGAAUCUCGACGUGGAUGCCUCUGGCCGCCUCGAUGGUGGCAUUUCUGGUGAUGUACAGCUUGAACAACAGUCGUUCUGUGGGAGACAUUUUCUCGUCUCUGACCCUUUUCCAAGUUCUAACACAGCAGUUCCUCUUGGUGCCUGCCAGUUUGGCCAUGACCAGUGACAUGGUCAUUGGCCUCAGGCGUGUUUGCCAGCUGCUUUCCUGUCCGGAGGACAAGGAACUGGACCAAUUUUUCGAUGAGCUUGAUGACGAGAAGCUGGCCUUGAAGAUUGAGAACGCCAGUUUCCAAUGGCACACUUUUGAGGACGACGGAGCCGAGGACAAGAACGAGAGCGUUAAAAGCACCAAGAGCACGAAGAGCUCGACAAUGACCGAGGAGCGGGACGUUGGCGAAAAGGAGUCUCACGAGCGGGAGGAGCUGUCGAAGACCGAUUUUCCCGGGCUCCUCAACUUGAACCUGUCCAUCAAGAAAGGCGAGUUUGUGGUUGUGACAGGCUCUGUUGGCUCUGGAAAGUCGUCGCUUCUGAACGCGUUGUGCGGAUUCAUGCCCAAAACAGAGGGAAGAGUUCGCAAGAAUGGUAGCGUCAUGCUCUGUGGUGUUCCUUGGGUGCAAAAUGCCACCGUGAAGGAGAAUAUCACGUUUGGCCGCCCUUUUGAUCAGCAAAAGUACGACACUGUUGUGAAAGUGUGCUCCUUGAAGGGUGACUUCGAGCAGUUGCCGGGAGGAGAGCUCACGGAGGUGGGCGAGCGUGGCAUUACUCUUUCUGGUGGGCAAAAGGCGCGGAUCAACCUUGCCAGAGCCGUUUAUGCUGACAGAGACAUUAUCAUGCUGGACGAUGUUCUGAGCGCCGUGGACGCCAAGGUGGGCAAAUUCAUUAUGGACGAGUGCAUUCUUGGAUAUCUCAAGGACAAGACGCGGGUCCUUGCCACGCACCAGCUUUCGCUGAUUGGCUCUGCCGACCAGAUCAUGUUCUUGAACGGCGACGGCUCUGUUGACUGCGGAACGUUUGCCGAGCUCAGGAGCAGAAACGCAGAGUUUGUGAGACUUAUGGAGUUCAGCCACGAUGUUGAGAAAGAUGACGAAGAGGAGACGUUGGAAAACGAGAAGAAGGACUUUUUCGAAGACGAAGACAAGGGGAAGCUUGUGCAGGCCGAAGAAAAGGCCGUGAACGCAAUCUCGUGGCAGGUGUACAAGUCGUAUAUCAGCACCGGUUCCGGCAAGCUCAAGGCCCUGCUCCCCAUGCUGUUCUUCCUCGUCAUUGCGCUCACCACUUUCCUCAAUCUGUUCACCAACAACUGGCUGUCUUUCUGGAUUGUUGACAGAUUCCACCGCUCAAAGAAGUUCUAUGAGGGCAUCUAUAUCAUGUUCACUAUGCUGGUGGUGAUGUUCAACAUUCUGCAGUUCAUGAUUCUCGUGUAUUUCUGCAACAGAGCAGCGCUGCGACUAAACAUCAAGGCCUUCAAGAGAGUGCUGCAUGCCCCAAUGUCGUUCAUGGACACGUCUCCUAUGGGACGUGUUCUCAAUAGAUUCACUAAGGACACUGACGCUCUGGACAGCGAGAUCCAGGACCAGCUCAGAAUGUUCCUUAACCCAGCAGCCACCAUCAUCGGCACGCUCAUUCUGUGCAUCAUCUAUCUUCCGUGGUUUGCCAUAGCUAUUCCGUUCCUGGCAAUGCUGUUUUUCCUAGUGUCCUCGUUCUACUUGUCCAGCUCGAGAGAGGUCAAGCGGCUCGAGGCCGUGAAGAGGUCGGUGGUGUACUCGCAUUUCAACGAGGCAUUGUCUGGAAUGGACACCAUCAAGGCGCACGGCUCCAAGGAGCGGUUUCUCAAGAUCAACGAAAAGCUCAUAGACGACAUGAACGAGAGCUACUACGUGGUCGUUGCCGUCCAGGGAUGGCUUGGCAUUAGUCUGGACACGGUUGCGACGCUACUCUGUCUGAUCGUUGCACUGCUCUGCUGUUUUCGUGUGUUCAACAUCAGCGGAGCUUACACUGGUCUGCUGCUUACCUACGUCUUGACGAUUGCGGGCAUGUUGAGUUUCAUGCUGAGAUCGCUGACGGAGGUCGAGAACCAGAUGAACUCCGUCGAGAGAGUCAAUUACUAUGCCACCAGUAUCAAACAGGAGGCGCCUUUCGAGAUACCCGAGAACGACCCAGAACCGAGCUGGCCUGCUGUGGGAGCCGUGAAGUUUGUUGACGUCAGCAUGAGAUACAGAGAGGAGCUGCCGCUGGCUGUCAAGCACCUCAACAUCGAUGUCAGAGGCGGCGAGAAAAUCGGCAUUUGUGGCCGCACGGGAGCCGGAAAGUCGAGCAUCAUGUACUGUUUGUUCCGGCUCGCGGAGUUUGAGGGCCAGAUCCUGAUUGACGGGGUGGACAUAUCGAGAAUCGGACUGCAUAAGCUGAGGUCGCGGCUGUCCAUAAUUCCGCAGGACCCUGUUCUGUUUAGCGGCACGGUGCGCUCGAACCUGGAUCCUUUUGACGAGCACGACGACGAGACGCUGUGGACUUCGCUGGGCAAGGCAGGUCUUAUCGACAGAGCGCUUCUGCCGCAGGUCAAGGAGCAGAGCAAGGGAGACUCAAACCUGCACAAAUUCCAUCUGAGUCGGACUGUUGAGGACGACGGUUCGAACUUCUCUCUUGGUGAGAAGCAGCUGAUCGCAUUGGCCAGAGCCCUUGUUAGGGGCACGAAAAUUCUGGUCCUGGACGAGGCUACUUCGAGUGUUGACUACGAGACGGACGCCAAAGUUCAGAAAACCAUCACCCAAGAGUUUAGUGAUUGCACUGUGCUGUGCAUUGCACACAGAUUAAAGACAAUUGUGAAAUACGACCGGAUCCUGGUCAUGGACAAGGGACAGAUCGCCGAGUUUGACGCUCCACGGAAACUGUAUGACCAGAAAGGCAUUUUCCGGUCGAUGUGCAACAAGAGUGGUGUUUCUGAGGCCGAUCUAAAAUAG